AGUCGGCGUGCCCUUCUAGAGCAAAAACAAUCGGAGGGCGUAAGAUAUGGCACAAACGUCUAGUAGAACGCCGUUCUAAAGCGAGUUUGACGCAACGGUAUAAAUGUCGUCUUCAAGGUAACCAAAACCACACAUGCACGCUCUUGGCUUCUUGCUUACGCUUUCGACAUAUUGUUUGUGUGUCUCGGGUAAUCUCUGGCGCUGCCCACGGUGUGUUGGUGGAGGAGGAGGAGGAGGAGGAGGAGGAGGGGGAGGUGGCUAUGCUGUUCCACCCGCAGGCUAUCAACCUCAACCUCAACCAUCAUAUGGAGCCCUACCUCAGCCGCCUCAGCAAACCUAUGUACCACCACCGCAGCCACCAAUGCAGCCGUCAUAUACACCUCCUCAACCAUCUGGAGGUUGUGGACCCAAGGUCGUCGGUUACAAAGUAGUUCAACUUCCGGCUGUGAAUGUUUACACCGUGCCUGGACCAGUGAUCCGGCUCCCAGCUCCGGGAGGUUGCCGCAGACCCAGUUUUCCUCCACCGCGACCACCGCCGAUACAGGUGCCUCCAUCUUACAUGCCGCCACCUCGACCUCAGCCUCCACUACAGUUACCUCCUUGCGGACCUGAAUGUGCUUGUGGUCCCGAAAAUUGUGGUACAGCAGCGGUCUCAGGAGGUGGAGGCGGCGGAGGCGGUUAUGGCGGAGCACCGCCUCAGGCAACAGAGCCUGUAGAAGCACCACCUCCUCCUCCUCCAGAACCUUCUUCGUCGACGGAAGCUCCAACGAUUCAAGAAGGAGAAGUCUCCGAAAGCUCUUCUGUGGGCGCGGAAAAAGGUGAAGGUGAAAGCACUUCUACAAAUGGAGGAGAAGAAACAUCGACCAAUGGAGGGGAAGGCCUUUCUGGCGGUGAGGGGAAUGAGAUGGGUUCCGAAACGUCUUCAGCUACACAAGGUACGGAAGAGGGAGCAGGUCCAUCUGAAGGCAGUGAUACGAUGUCAUCAGGAGCCAGUGCAGCGGUGUCAUCUUUCGGUGAAGAUAACUCGAUCGCAACAGAAUCAAGCGGAUACCAAGGUAGACGCACAAAGAAAUAUCGCAAGAAACUCGUCAAAGCGAAAAAAGCGAGGAAACUGAAAAAGACGAGGAUUAUUGUAAAGAAGAACCGACAGCGUGUACUCUUUAGGAAAUCAAGCAGAAGCUAGUAAAAAGUUUUUGUAUGUGCGCAGAAAUGAAGAGAAGCAUGUGUUUCUCUACGUAUUGUUAAUAAACCAGUGACCAUUUUAAUAGCAGAGUCAGAACCUCUUGAUACCCCUUGUUUGGUGAAGAAAAGACCAUUCGCAUUUUAGAAAAAUUUGGCAAACGCACAUUUCCUCAUUUUUCAACAUCGAAUAUACCAUAGUUUCUAGUCGCU